CGGGGCAGUAGCGCGAGCCCGGCAGCGGCGCGCCCCCCUCCCCUUUCUCCCUCCCGGGUUCACGCCCGAGUUCUGCCCGUGCCCAGUCGUGCAACUUCCAGACUCCCAGGUAGGGAGGGGCCCCGCGUCAGCACUGCCAACUGCCCUAACAUCGGACACUCGGCCUCUGUGGAAAAAGCGGCCGCCCGGGAUUCCCUUCCCUGCCUUGGGGUGCAUCUGUUCAAACUCUUCUGGCCCUUCAAGCAGAAAUGAUGUCAGAUCUGGGCCAGACCCCUCUUUCAGUGACUCAGACAGAGCUGCCUGCUGUUCGGGAAGGAUCAGGGUGGAUGGCCCUUAGCCUCUCUCUUCUGAAGUGAUUCACGCCCCCCGGCGGGCUUCGGGCCCGGGCGCCUUCAUCUUUUCCCUGGGACUCCCCUCCACUUUGCUCCUUACACUCCCUCUGGGUUUCCUGCCUCCCUCUUCAGCGGUGGGACCCAAGGCUGGACCAAAGCCUCUAGGGAAGAGCCCUGCCAUCAAGGAAGGCAGCACAAGACCAGACCCCACCCAUGCACCCUUCUCAAGACAACCCGAAGGCACCUGCGGAGCUGCUGUCCUAAGGAGCUGAGGGCCCGGGCACGCCAUCCUGCGGGAGGAGCCAUGGUGUUUAGGAGGGGCAGUUCUCGGUCAUGGCCUGGCCUGGGAGGUGGCAGUGUUUGCACAGGCUCCCUGGGGAUGCUCAGGGCUGCCCUGCUACUUCUCAGCCUGCCGUUGGGGGCCCAGGGAACUUCCCAUGCCAACCUCAGCAUGGCUCUGGGCCAUCCUGGGCCACCGCCAGGGGGCCGCUACCUGAGCAUCGGGGAUGGCUCCGUGGUGGAGUUCGAGUUCCCAGAGGAGAGCGAGGGCAUCAUUGUGAUCUCGAGCCAGUACCCGGGUCAGGGCACCUGGCCAGGGCCCAGCCCUAUGCUGCGGGUCACCUCCCUGGAUCCAGAGGUGCUGACCAUCAAGAAUGUGAGUGCCAUAACCUGGGGCAGUGGGGGCAGCUUCGUGGUGAGCAUCCACUCAGGCCUGCCCGGGCUAGCCCCGCUCCACAUCCAGCUUGUGGAUCCCCAUGAGACCCCACCCAUGCUGAUCGACGAGCGGAGAGAUUUCUGCAUCAAGGUGUCCCCUGCCGAAGACGCCCCCGCCACGCUCGGCGCCGACCUGGUCCACUUCUCGGAGAACCCAAUACUCUACUUGCUCCUGCCUCUUAUCUUUGUCAACAAGUGUUCGUUCGGGUGCAAAGUGGAGCUCGAGGUUCUGAAGGGGCUCCUUCAGAGCCCCCAGCCCAUGCUGCUGGGCCUCCUGGGCCAGUUCCUAGUCAUGCCCUUCUACGCUUUCUUGAUGGCCAAGGUCUUCAUGCUGCCCAAGGCCCUGGCUCUGGGCCUCAUCAUCACCUGCUCAUCGCCCGGAGGCGGGGGGAGCUACCUCUUCAGCCUCCUCCUUGGAGGGGACGUCACCCUGGCCAUCUCCAUGACUUUCAUCUCCACAGUGGCUGCCACUGGUUUCCUGCCACUGUCCUCAGCCAUCUACAGCCGCCUGCUGAGCAUCCACGAAACACUCCAUGUGCCCAUCUCCAAGAUCCUGGGGAGCCUGCUGUUCAUCGCCAUUCCCAUCGCAGCAGGCGUGCUGAUCAAGUCCAAGCUCCCCAAGCUCUCUCAGCUGCUGCUGCAGGUCAUCAAGCCCUUCAGUUUUGUGCUGCUUCUGGGAGGCCUCUUCCUGGCCUACCGCAUGGGGGUCUUCAUCCUGGCGGGCGUCAGGCUGCCCAUCGUGCUAGUGGGCAUCACUGUGCCCCUGGUCGGCCUCCUGGUGGGCUACUGCCUGGCCACAUGCCUAAAGCUGCCAGUGGCCCAGCGGCGGACGGUCAGCCUCGAGGUGGGGGUGCAGAACAGCCUGCUGGCUUUGGCCAUGCUGCAGCUGUCCCUCCGCCGCCUUCAAGCCAACUACGCCUCCCAGGCCCCCUUCAUUGUGGCACUGAGCGGCACCUCGGAGAUGCUGGCCUUGGUCAUUGGCCACUUCAUCUAUAGCAGCCUGUGCCCAGUUCCCUGAGGCCCCUGGGUCGAGCUUUUGCCACCCCCUAGCCCCCACCCUCCACCCACUGUCCCACAGUUCUUGUGUACCAAAGGCCUUUAGUUCUCAUGCACUAUGCACUCAGAAAAAUCCAGGCUUAUUUUUUUUACUGGUUUUUUAUUCUCCAGCUUUCAGUGCCAAAGAGGCCAUGCAGAGUUAGGUAGGUGGGCACUACCCAGAAAAUAUAUUUCAAUAAAAGAGAAAAACAA